UGUUUAUGUGUGUGAAGUGUAACACAAGAGGAGACUGACGACUGCCCUCAGUUGUAGUCACACAACAAUGGCUGCCUGGGUCACAUGCCUGGUGACAACCGUGCUUGGCCUUCUGACCACAGCAUCUGGGGCUGGACCUACCACUGCUGCAGGGACCAUCCAGUGCCAACCCACCCAGUACCUGAAGGGUAGCACCUGCAGUCCUUGCGGCAACUGCGCAGGUAACAAGACAUGUGACAGUAAGACGGGCAGGUGUCUUUGGGGCUGCUUACCUGGCUUCAAAAUCUCUCCGGACACAUGCACCGUAGCUUGUGACAAUGGGAAAUAUGGACAGAACUGUUCCCAGACCUGUGGUCAGUGCAAGAAUAGAGCAGCAUGCCACACGGUCAGUGGCAGUUGUGCCUCCUGUGAACCUGGGUAUCAAGCUCCACUAUGCAAAUUAGCUUGUGUUGCCGGAAGAUACGGAGACAACUGCGGGCAAAGCUGCGGCCGCUGUGCGGGCAAUCAGUCGUGCACUCACACCAACGGAAGCUGCUUGCAAUGCCAAGCCAACCACCAGCCUCCUCUCUGCAAAGACUGCACCGCGGGUCACUGGGGUGCAACAUGUGGUCAGCAGUGUGGUCAGUGCGCCAGUGGACGAUGUGAUCGCAACACCGGGUGGUGUUCAUCGCCCUUGUGUAAACCAGGAUGGAGAGGACCGUCCUGUAACGAGACUUGUGGAAAUCACAGGUAUGGACAGAACUGCUCCAUCACCUGUGGUCAGUGCAAGAAAGGAGCAGCGUGCCACCAGGUCAGUGGCUACUGUGCCGUCUGUGAACCCGGCUAUCAGGCACCACUAUGCAAAUUAGUCUGUCCAGGAGGUCGACACGGAGAAAAUUGUUCCAAAGCUUGCGGCCACUGCUCUGAGGGGAAAGCAUGUGACCCUGUGAGCGGAAACUGUUGGCAGUGCGCAGACAACUUCCUGCUUCCGCUGUGCACAGACUGUGUUGCCGGUCAGUGGGGUCCCACCUGUGGUCAGCGGUGUGGUCACUGCACGGGUGGACAGUGUGGCCGCUACACUGGGACAUGUACCCAGACAGAGUGUCAGGACGGGUGGACGGACGCCUCGUGUCAGAAAAAAUGUCCCUCGGGUACAUACGGCGCUAACUGCUCACACACCUGCGGCCAUUGCUAUGCAAACACUAGCUGUCGCCAUGACAACGGAAUAUGUGAAUCAGACUGCCAAGAUGGCUUUUUCGGAAUUCUCUGUAAAAGGAGGAGUGAGGACCUGAAGGUUGUCGUCGCCGGAUCGGUGGUUGGUGCAGCGACCUUAAUAUCGGUGACCAUCGUCUGUAUCUGCUGCAUUCUCCACAGGAAGAAGAAAUAUGACAAUACUUCUAAAGGUGCGGAUAGGUUGCAAGACCACAGGGGCAGAGAGGAGGAGACCCCGGAGAAGUCCAGUGAAUCACCUGACUCCGAGAACAACCAGCUCCGGUGCUCUUCUACCUCGCGCAUGCGCAGUGAUCCCGCCUAUGACCCCUUGAACGUGAACCCAGGAGCCAUUCACCUGUAUGAGACCUACUUCCGGUCACGUGCUCUCCAUGGCGUUGACCCCGAUGACCCGGCUGAGCCUGCUGCCAGAGAGGCUGAGGGAGAGCCAGAAGACAUGUACCAGAAUAUAAACAUUGCGAGCAUGCACAACAACUUUGUUUGAUAUACUUCAACGUAGAACUGGAGAAAGAAGGCAGAUGAAUUCUCACGUUCACUUCCAGAACGAGGCUUUUGAAAAUGACCUUAACACUCACUAUCAACACAAACAGGACGGAGGUACAUAAGCUCAAGCUUUUGGUCUGAAAUGGUUUCGGUUUAUUUGUUGUACAGGGGAAGUAGAAGCCUUUUGCGAAUAAAUAAAUUAA